AUGUUUGCUCUUUCCAAGGUUUUGCGGAGAACACAGAGACUCCGAUUUGGAGCUUGUGCUGCUGUUUAUUCAAAGGAGAUACACUUGGGAGAAAGAAGCUUCUUCACUCUUGAAUCUCCUUCGAUUGUUUAUGAUAAAUGUGAAUCUGUUCCAAGAUUCUACGAAAUCUCUUCUAUGAGUAAACGUGCGCUUUCUUCAAAUGCUGGCACUAAAAGUGAUGAAGAUGAAGAUGACCUCGAAGACGGGUUCUCAGAACUAGAAAGUUCAAAGUCAAGCCAAGAGACUAGUAGUAGUAGUGAUGAUAGUGAGGAUGAUGAGGUAACGCCUAAGGGAAAGCUCUCUGCUGAUGAAGAUGAUGCCGACGAAGAAGAAGAACUGGAACUCGACCUUAUCGAAACCGAGGAUGGUGGGAAAACAGUAGAAAAGAAACCAUCCGAGCUAUUUACCACCAUUGUUUCCGCACCAGGUCUGUCUGUAGGUAGUGCACUUGAUAAAUGGAUGGAAGAAGGAAAUGAGAUCAACAGAAUUGAGGUUUCUAAGGCGAUGCUCCAGCUGCGUAAACGUCGGAUGUAUGGAAGAGCAUUACAGAUGUCAGAAUGGUUGGAGGCAAAUAAGAUAUAUGAAAUGAAUGAGAGAGACUAUGCUUCUCGCUUAGAUCUGCUAGUUAAAACACGAGGCUUAGAGAAGGGAGAAGCUUAUAUGGAUAAGAUCCCGAAAUCUUUCAAAGGGGAAGUGAUUUACCGUACUCUACUGGCGAAUUGUGUGGCUGCUUGCAAUGCGAAGAGGGCUGAAGUAGUGUUCAACAGAAUGAAAGACUUGGGAUUCCCUCUCUCUGGAUUUACGUGCGAUCAGAUGCUUCUGCUCUACAAGAGGGUUGACAGGAAGAAAAUCGCUGAUGUGCUAUUGCUCAUGGAGAAAGAAGAUGUCAAGCCGAGUCUUCUCACAUACAAGAUCUUGAUUGACAUCAAAGGGGCAUCAAAUGACAUAAAUGGGAUGGAGCAAAUUGUGGAGACAAUGAAAGAUGAAGGUGUUGAACCGGACUUCCAAACACAAGCUAUCACCGCUAGACACUAUUCAGGAGCUGGGCUUAAAGAGAAAGCCGAGAAAGUGUUGAAAGAGAUGGAAGGUAGAAGCUUAGAGGCAAACCGCCGGGCGUUCAAAGAUUUACUCUCCGUCUAUGCCUCUCUUGGUAGAGAAGAUGAAGUGAUGAGAUUAUGGAAGAUCUGUGAAUCAAAGCCCCGGUUUGAUGAAUCCCUUGCUGCAAUCCACGCUUUUGGAAAGCUCAAUAAAGUAAAAGAAGCAGAGGAGAUUUUUGAGAAGAUGGUGAAGAUGGACAGAAGAGCUUCUUCUAAUCCUUACUCUGUUCUCUUGAGGGUUUACGUUGACCACAAGUUGCUCGAAAAGGGUAAAGAUCUGGUUAAACGAAUGGCAGAGAGCGGUUGCAGGAUCGAGGCAAUGACAUGGGAUGCACUCAUCAAGCUCUACGUGGAAGCUGGGGAAGUUGAAAAGGCUGAUUCUUUGCUGAAAAAGGCAUCAAAACAGAGCCAUACAAAACUGAUGAUGAGCUCUUUCAUGUACAUCAUGGACGAGUACUCAAAACGAGGAGAUGUUCAUAACACCGAGAAGAUAUUCGAAAAAAUGAGAGAAGUUGGGUAUACAUCUCGGCUAAGGCAGUUCCAAUCCCUCAUACAGGCUUACAUAAACGCCAAAUCCCCUGUGUAUGGAAUGCGAGAUAGAAUGAAGGCAGAUAAUAUCUUUCCAAACAAAUCCAUGGCUGCACAGUUGGCUCAAGCUGAUCCAUUCAAGAAGACAGCUAUCUCUGAUAUUCUGGAUUGA